AUGCUGUCUUCUCUGAGAAGAGGCCUGGGGAUCCCGCGCCUGCUGCUCUGGCUCCUGCUGCUCGCAGCCUGGCGGGCGGGCAGCGCCCAGCUGCGCUACUCGGUCCCCGAGGAGGCCCAGCACGGCACGUUCGUGGGCCGCCUGGCGCAGGACCUGGGGCUGCCGCUGGCCGAGCUGGUGCCGCGCCUGUUCCGGGUGGCGUCCAGGGCUGGCGGGGACCUGCUGGAGGUGAACGUGCAGAACGGCAUCCUGUUCGUGAACGCGCGGAUGGACCGCGAGGCGCUGUGCGGGCGGAGCGCGGAGUGCAGCGUGCACCUGGAGGUGGUGGUGGAGCGGCCGCUGCAGGUGUUCCACGUGGAGGUGGAGGUGAGGGACGUCAACGACAACCCGCCCGUGUUCCCGGCGACAAGGAAGAAUCUGUUCAUUUCUGAAGCGAGGGCUCUUGACUCUCACUUUUCGCUAGAGGGAGCCUCGGACGCAGACGUCGGCAGCAACGCGCAGCUGACUUACAGGCUCAGCUCCAGCGAGGUUUUCUCUCUGGAAGUACAGACAAAUGAUGACGGAAGCCAGUCCUUGUUUCUCGUGCUGGGGAAAUCUCUAGACAGAGAGGAAACUGCUGAGAUUAAUUUGCUACUGGUGGCUACGGAUGGGGGCAAGCCCGAGCUCACGGGCACUGUUGAAAUACACAUCAAAGUACUGGACGUGAAUGACAACGAGCCUACUUUUACCCAAUCCGUUUACAAAGUUCAAUUGUUGGAGAACACCGCAGAGGGCACCUUAGUAGUUAAGUUAAAUGCUUCAGAUGCGGAUGAAGGAACUAACAGCGAGAUUUUGUAUUCUAUCAGUGGUGAUGCGCCCUCCAUCACGCAGACCAGAUUCAAAAUAGAUCCCAGCACAGGGGAAAUAAGGACGAGGGGAAAGCUGGAUUAUGAAGAAACGAAAUCCUACAACAUUCAGAUCAUCGCCUUUGAUAAAGGAACCCCGCCAAUGUCAGGACACUGUAAAAUUUCAGUAAAAGUUGUGGAUGUCAAUGAUAACACUCCAGAAAUUUCAAUAACGUCUCUGUCACUGCCCAUCCGCGAGGACGCUCCGGUGGGCACGGUGGUCGCCCUCAUCACUGUCUCCGACCGCGACUCGGGCGCCAACGGGCAGGUGAGCUGCGCCCUGACGCCCGACGUGCCCUUCCGGCUGCUGUCGACCUUCAGGAACUACUACUCGCUGGUGCUGGAGAGCGGGCUGGACCGCGAGCUGGUGUCGGGCUACGGCGUGGUGGUGACGGCGCGCGACGCGGGCUCGCCGGCGCUGCGGGCGUCGGCCAGCGUGUGGGUGGAGGUGGCGGACGUGAACGACAACGCGCCCGCGUUCGCGCAGGCCGAGUACACGGUGUUCGUGAGGGAGAACAACGCGCCGGGCUGCCACCUGGUGACGGUGUCGGCGCGCGACGCGGACGCGCGGGAGAACGCGCGCGUGUCGUACUCGCUGGUGGAGCGGCGCGUGGGCGAGCGCUUGCUGUCGAGCUACGUGUCGGUGCACGCGGAGAGCGGGCGCGUGCACGCGCUGCAGCCGCUGGACCGCGAGGAGCUGGAGCUGCUGCGCUUCGAGGUGAGCGCGCGCGACGCGGGCGUGCCGGCGCUGGGCAGCAACGUGACGCUGCAGGUGUUCGUGCUGGACGAGAACGACCACGCGCCGUGGGUGCUGCCGCGGGGCGCGGGCGGGCCGGCGAGCGAGGCGGUGCCGGUGUGGGUGUCGCGGUCGGCGGGCGCGGGCCACGUGGUGGCGAAGGUGCGCGCGGUGGACGCGGACGCCGGCUACAACGCGUGGCUGUCGUACGAGCUGCAGGCGGCGCCGAAUGCGAAUGCGAAUGCGAAUGGGGCGGUGGCGGCUGCGUCGGGCGGGGCGCGGCUCCCGUUCCGCGUGGGGCUGUACACGGGCGAGAUCAGCACGACGCGCAGCCUGGACGAGGCGGACUUGGCGCGCCAGCGGCUGCUGGUGCUGGUGAAGGACCACGGCGAGCCCGCGCUGACGGCCACGGCCACGGUGCUGCUGUCGCUGGUGGACGGCGGGCAGGCGGCGGCGGCGUCCUCGUCGCGGGCGGGUGCGGCGACGGCUGCGGCGGGCGGCGCGGCGGCGCUGCUGGACGUGAACGCGUCCCUGAUCGUGGCCAUCUGCGCCGUGAGCAGCCUGCUGGUGCUGACGCUGGUGGUGUGGACGGCGCUGCGGUGCUGGGCGCCGGCCGCGGAGGGCGCGUGCGGGCCGGGGCAGCCGGCGCUGGUGUGCGCGAGCGCGGUGGGGAGCUGGUCGUGCUCGCAGCGGAGGCGGCAGCGGGUGAGCGGCGGCGAGGGCGCGCCCAAGGCCGACCUCAUGGCCUUCAGCCCCAGCCUUCCUCAAGGUCCAGAUUCUGCAGAAGAAAAACCCCAACCCUCAGAAUCAGAAUACGUAGGCAAGGUGAGCCUUAAUAUUUUCUUGCCAAUUCUAAGAUUGUUGCUUGCUUAUUCUCUAUGA